CUUGGGGUAACCUUUUUCUUCCCUUCACAUUCCUUCUUUCUUUUGUCCUCAACCAGUGAAAGUCUCGUUUGGCAAUCAUCACAAACCCCUGCGGCUGUACUGUGAUAAGAUAUUACCAGAAGGCUUGGUUUGGGUUGGGAGUGCUUUUUGAGGGUAAAAAGGGGAUAAAGAUUUGGAAAGUUUGCACCUUUGCCAUAUCAUCAGCUGAAACCCAUAUGAUUUAAUUUCAUCAAUACAACUCAUAAUAAUUGGAGAUGGAGUGGAGUGCAAAGUGGGACUGGGAAAGCAUAGCUAAGCUUAGCUCAAAAGCCUGUGAAAGUCCAAAGAAACUGCAACUAACAGACUGGGGAAUAGUCGAAGAGGAGGGCGAAAUUGUCAACGGAUCCUUUAAUUUGUCUGGUGGUUAUGCCUCCGAUGUGGGACAAGGCUCUACCCACUCUUCCCCGGGAGGCGCGACAGGGGCAAAAGAGGCCAUCUUCCCUUUCGUGGAUGUGAAGAUGGAAAAUUGCAGGGAAGCGUGCAUUGGGUUGAAGCUCGGGAAGAGGACAUAUUUUGAAAACAACAACUGCAGUGGCGGCGGGGGAAGCGGUGGAAAGACGAAAAAGCCCUCGUCUUGUCAGGGUGGGACAGCCGUACCACGGUGUCAGGUAGAGGGAUGCAACAUUGAUCUUUCUUCAGGGAAAGAGUAUCACCGGAAGCACAGGGUUUGUGAGAGUCAUUCCAAGUACCCGAAAGUCAUUGUGGGAGGCUUAGAACGGCGGUUUUGCCAGCAAUGUAGCAGGUUCCAUAGCUUGGGAGAGUUUGAUGAAAAGAAGCGUAGCUGUAGACGCAGACUUUGUGAUCACAAUGCAAGACGGCGCAAGCCACAAAACGAUGCGUUUCAGCUCAAUACUUCUGCUAAUCGCCUCUCUCCUUCCUUUUAUGAUGGUAGGCAACAAAUAAACUUCAUGAUGAACAAUAAUGUCCCACUUUUUGGCACCAGCAAAACUGCAUCAAAUUCAAGUUGCUGGGACAACAGCAACACAUAUGCCUCCAACAAGUUCAUCGUCACAAGAGGGUUUUCCCCCGAGGCCGAAAAACCCAGCAGGACAAACAAGCAGCAACAGCCAUACAUCUCUUCGGGUAUCCACCCGCCAAACGCAACAAUCGGUUUUCAUGAUAGUUACGCGUCCAAUGAUACACUCUUGGAUUCCAAGGGCCCCACAUCGGAUGGCUUCACACAAGGUGUGAAGGGAUCCAUGUUCUAUAUGGAAACAAGCAUGACGACAGAGGAAUUCCCAGCUCGUGCUCUCUCUCUUCUGUCAACUUCUUCAUGGAGUUCUUCGUGCGAACAACAACAACAACAACAAGACAGUACUUCCAUUUCGCAAUCCGCCGCGAACCAAACAGCCUUACAUGAACAACCGUCGAUCCCUCUCGGACUUCCGCUCCCGUCGCCGGAGUACUGGUCGUGUGUUGAACCGGCCGGUGGCCACCUCCCAGUUGAUGUUCAUCUUGAAUUCAAGGUGUCCCAAGAAGGGGACUUUUUUCUCAACUCAUUCAGCUGAGUUCUAGUAUCAAGAAGACAUCAAUAAUAUCAUCAUCAUCAAGAAAUUAAAUGUAAUAAAAUCUUUUGAUUCCCCUAUCUCAUCACUGUUUUAUAUGAGAUUUGGUUUCUGGGUUUUUUUUAGAUUCACAUGUUCUUGUUUAAGAGGGCCUUUUGGUCAUUGUUGUUUUCCAAAGGAAUGUAAUUGAUGGAAACAUUAUGUUCUUUGGUUUCUGUUUUCACCACAGAAAGUAAAUGGUCAAGUUCAAU